AUGCAUCUUGAUACGAACAUGAAUGAACAAUCACCUUUAUAUACAUGUAAAGCUCAUAUAUUUCAAGUUGAUCCUGAUACACGAAAAUCUUGGAUUCCGUUAUCGAUUGGUUCUGUCAAUGUGCAAAUAUUUCACGAUUCAGUUAAAAAUGUUUAUCGAAUUUUAUCUGUUGAUGGUCCAAAAGUACUUAUCAAUACGGUUAUUACUUCUCGUAUGAGCUUUACAAAGACAUCACAAAAAUUUUGUCAAUGGGUUGAUUCACGAGCAAAUCAUGUUUACGGCUUAGGCUUUGCGCAUGAAAAUGAUCUUACACGAUUCAUGGAUAAAUUUAUUGAAGUAAAAGAAGCAGCAAGAAAUGCACUUCGAAGUAGUAGCGUCGAUGCUCGACAAACCGCUCGCUCCGAAUCCGAUUGGUCAAUACAAUCGAAUCGAACAGAUCCAACCAUACAAUUAAAACAAGAAAAUGCUCAUCUGAAAUUUGCUCUCGCACAAAGUUCGACGAAUUCAAAAAAAUGGCAAGAAGAAUUAGAUCUUCUACGUAAUAAUAAUGCAAAACUAACAACCGCACUACACGAAAGUCAUGCCAAUGUCGAAGAAUGGAAACGACAAUUACAGUUUUAUCGUGAUGAAUGUUCUCGUCUGAGGCAAAUGGUUUCUAGUCGUCAUUCACCGGGCGGUGGACAAGUGAAUGAAGCACACGAAUUCAAAAAUCUUCUCGAUUCUGCCGAUCGACGUAAUAAAGAACAAGAACAAAAAAUUGUUCAACUUGAAAAUCAAGUUCAACGUUAUAUAUCUCAAACCAAUUCUUUACAAGAUCGUUUAGCUGAAACUGAGACCAACAAUCAAAAUCUUCGUAAUGAACUACAGCGACGUACUCCAAAAGAUUCCUAUUCAAAUCGAACACUUCGUCGUUCUCCACCAAAUCGAAAUCAUCAACAGUUAAUGCGUCUUUGCGAUCUAUUCGAAUCAAAAUCAAAUGAUUUCAAUCAAACAGUGAAUGCUAAAACUCAAGAUUUACAACGAUUAUGUUCACAAAUAACUCAAAAUCUAGUAGAAAUGUAA